AUGAACCUGGAAAAGGCUUUUGACAGAAUACCAAGUAAAUUCGUGUUGGAAGCUAUGAGAGCACAACAAAUAUCAGAGCUCUAUAUUCACCUGGUACAUGAUAUGUAUCAAGACAUAAGGACACAAGUGAGAAACCUGACAGGACUUAGCGAACCGUUCCAUGUUAAGGUCGGAGUGCAUCAGGGAUCGGCAUCAAGCCCAUUCCUAUUUAACCUAUCUCUGGGCUAUCUAACUAGAGGCCCCCAUAUCAGCAGGAGCAAGACCGAGUUUUUUGACCAAAUUUUGAGGUGCAUUAGUGAACAAUAUACGUUCAACAUAGGUGUCUCCAUCGACGGCCAGCCACUGCCCUACGUCAGCAAAUUUAAAUACCUUUGUUUAGUGUUAACGGCGGAUGACAAUAUUGAUGCAGACGUAACUCAUAGAAUUAAUGCAGCGUGGCUAAGGUGGAGAAAACUAUCAGGAAUACUUUACGAUAGCAGCCUGCCAAUACAACUAAAAGGUAAGAUUUACAAAAUGGCUGUAAGACCUGCCUUCGUCCCACCAGCAUUCGUCACCAUAUUAUAUGGUGACGAAUGCUGGGUGGCCAAGAAGAUAAACGAAAAAAAGAUGCACACGUAUAAAUUAAAAUGCUACGAUGGUCAACAGGCUUACGCCGAGACUUAA